GAAUAUUCUAUCUAUCUCUUGAGAGUCCAAAAUUACGACGAACCGACGUGGUGGAAUAGGAAGUUGACACCCCAGCACAGCACGUGAUCCUCCCACGUAAUCUCGUAAACGUAGUGGACGUCCUACGUGGCACAACACGGGUGCAAGAAAGCUUCGAGAGGAUUUCGGAAAUGUCAAAAAAUCCCAACCGUUAAAAGUCAUAGUCGCUCCCUCCUUCAUUCCCUCUUCCCUCCGCUUGAGGCUUUGCAUUCUGCAAAGACGUAACAAACCAACAACACGUGCUUUCGAACGCGAGCGAGCGACCAAGCGAGCCUUAGCCGCUGAGGUUGGGCCAUGGCGACGCAUCCUCAACCUUCAACCUCUUCGAACGCGUUUUCGUUUCUCUCAAAGGGUUGGCGUGAGGUUCGAGACUCGGCGGAUGCGGAUCUUCGCUUGAUGCGUGACAGAGCCAAUUCCUUCAAGAACCUAGCCACGUCGUUUGACCGCGAGCUCGAAAACUUCUUCAAUUCCACUCCUCCGCCGUUCCCCGUCCCGGCCAUGCGGUCUCCGCCGCCGGCCGAGAUCGAAUUCGUGAAGAAGCUGCAGCCGAAGCUGUCGGAGAUUCGGCGGGCGUACUCGUCACCGGAUUUCAGCAAGAAGGUUCUGGAGAAGUGGCGGCCACGGUCGCGAAUUCGAAUCGACCUUUCGGCUAUAAAGAACGCGAUCGUGUCGGAAGAUAAUGGGAUUGUGGAUUUCGAGAGGGGAAAGAGGGGCAAAGGGUUGAGCUUCUGGGAGGAGUGGAAAGGAGAGGGUGAAGCUAGGGAUUGGGAACCAAUUCGAGCUUUGAAGACCAGACUCAAACAGUUUGAGAAGCGCAGUUCCUCUUUUGAUUUCAAGAACAGUGAAUUCCUCGAGAAACUCAAGUCCAGCUUGAAAUCAAUGUGCAAGGAGCCUCAAGAGUCAAAGGAUGUGCCACCAUUGGAUGUACCUGAACUUCUGGCCUACUUUGUAAAACAGUCUGGGCCAUUUUUGGAUCAACUUGGAGUCAAAAGAGACAUAUGUGACAAGAUAGUAGAAAGCUUGUAUAGCAAACGCAAAAACCAUCUUUUACUGCAUUCCCUCUCUGGGGAAGAAUCUUCUGCCCUUGGGAAUGGAAACAUAAAUGAUGAGUUGGAUUUGCGAAUAGCAAGUGUCCUUCAGAGCACAGGGCACCGGUACGAUGGUGGAUUCUGGACAGACCAUGCAAAGCAUGACCCAUCCGACAAUGAAAGACAUGUUGCAAUAGUUACAACUGCCAGUCUUCCUUGGAUGACAGGAACAGCUGUAAAUCCACUAUUUCGAGCUGCAUAUUUAUCGCAAUCUGCAAAGCGAAAAGUCACUCUACUGGUUCCAUGGCUUUGUAAAUCAGAUCAAGAGCUAGUUUAUCCCAGCAAUCUCACUUUUACUACGCCGGAAGAGCAAGAAGUUUAUAUCCGGAGCUGGCUCGAGGAAAGGGUUGGUUUUAAGGCAGACUUCAAAAUUUCUUUUUAUCCUGGGAAGUUUUCAAAAGAUAGACGGAGUAUAAUACCUGCUGGAGAUACUUCUCAAUUUAUACCAUCCAGGGAUGCUGACAUUGCUGUCCUGGAAGAACCGGAACAUUUGAAUUGGUAUCAUCAUGGUAAGCGUUGGACAGACAAAUUCAACCAUGUUGUUGGUAUUGUCCACACAAAUUACUUAGAAUACAUCAAGAGGGAGAGAAAUGGGGCACUCCAGGCAUUCUUUGUGAAACACAUAAACAACUGGGUUACAAGAGCAUACUGCCACAAGGUUCUUCGUCUCUCAGCUGCUACUCAGGAUUUACCCAAGUCUGUAAUUUGCAAUGUUCAUGGUGUGAAUCCCAAGUUCUUAAAAAUUGGAGAAAAGAUUGCUGCAGAGAGGGAGCAAGGGCAGCAAGCCUUUACAAAAGGGGCAUAUUUCUUGGGAAAGAUGGUAUGGGCAAAGGGAUAUAAGGAGUUGAUAGAUGUGUUAGCAAAGCAUAAGACAGACCUUAAUGGCUUCAAGUUGGAUGUAUUUGGAAAUGGAGAGGAUGCUAAUGAAGUUCAGAGUGCAGCUAGAAGAUUGGAAUUGAAUCUCAACUUUCAGAAAGGAAGAGAUCAUGCAGAUGAUUCUCUUCACGGGUACAAAGUCUUUAUAAAUCCUAGCAUUAGUGAUGUCCUAUGCACAGCUACAGCUGAGGCACUUGCCAUGGGCAAAUUUGUAGUUUGUGCUGAUCAUCCAUCAAAUGAGUUCUUCAGGUCAUUUCCCAACUGUUUGACUUACAAGACAUCAGAAGACUUUGUGGCAAAAGUAAAAGAAGCAUUAGAAAAAGAGCCUUAUCCUUUAACACCUGAGCAAAGAUAUCAGCUUUCUUGGGAGGCUGCUACUCAAAGAUUUAUGGAAUAUUCCGAGCUUGACAGAAUCCUGAACAAGGAAAAGGAUGGUGAAAAAUUGAGCACAGAUAAUGGAAAGCUCAUUGCUAAGUCAGCUUCAAUGCCUAAUCUGGCAGAACUAGUAGAUGGAGGCUUAGCAUUUGCUCACUAUUGUCUCACAGGGAACGAAUUCCUUAGAUUAUGUACAGGAGCAAUACCUGGGACUCGUGACUAUGACAAGCAGCACUGUAAAGACCUUCAUCUCUUGCCCCCACAGAUUGAAAAUCCUAUCUAUGGCUGGUGAAUAGAUUGAACAGUUGGAAUAUGUGAUAAAGGGAUAUUUGUGACGCCAGAUUAUGACAAGCAGCACUGUAAAAAUCAUCAGCUUAUGCCCGUAGGUAGAAAAAAACUUCGAUGGCUGGUGAACAGAUUUAGUGGUUUGAACUUGUAGCUCCAGCUGUGUUUUUAUUGUAUUAGGUGCCUGCUAAGUUUGCAAUCCUUAGAUUUUGUAGUUGUUUCUGUUUUUGUAAGUAGUGAUGGUAGUUUAAUAUUUUACCAAAACACACGUAGAAAGCUGAUGUAAAGUUGUGAUGGCAAAAAAUAGAACGUUCUCCCACACAACCUGCGGGAAUAAGCUGUAAUGAAUUUUGCAUCGUUUAACAUGGAAUAACUGUUACCGUUAUUACAACCCCAAGAGCACAAGCCAAAAUGGUUGAGUAGUUUUUUCCUCGACACUUUAGCCAGAAGUGUCUUGGUCACGUGCUUUGAGAGAAACGACCAUCCAAGGUGUAGGAUGUAAUAGCUUGUUUUUGUGGACACAAUAACCACUUUCCGCAAGGAAUAAAUCAGUGCAUUGUUACUGAUUUAUGUGAGGAUGAAAUUUGAGUUUCUGGAAGGAAUAAGGAUGAAAUCUUUUAGUUUUCUACCCAAUAUAUACCCAACUCGUUAAUUUAGGGGAACUUGGCAUAUAACAUCACACAACUUAAUUAGGAAUGAGGCAACAAAGAUAUUGCUUAUCAUAGUGUAGACUAAUUCAUGGGUGACACUGGGAUAGCUUUUUGGCUAAUUGCAUUGAAUUUAAGGUUCUAGUAAGUAAUUUAUAUUCCACU